AUGGUGAAGCCGACUGUUUCGAAGGCUAUCGUGAAAAAGCGCACGAAGCGCUUCACCCGCCAUCGCCAUGAGCUCUUCCCGCAGCUGAGUUCUAGCUGGCGUAAGCCGCGUGGUGAGGACUCCCCGGUCCGCCGUCGCUACAAGGGCCAGAAGGCGAUGCCGAACAAGGGUUACGGUAGCGACCGCGCCACCAAGUACAUCACUCCGUCCGGCUUUCGCAACUUCCCCAUCAACAACGUGGAGGACCUGUACAUGCUCGUGAUGCAGAACCGCAAGUACGCUGGCGUCAUUUCUCACACCGUCGGUGCCCGCAAGCGCAAAGCUAUUGCUCGCAAGGCUAUGGAGCUUGAUGUGCGUCUGGCUAACGGGAACGCGAAGCUGCGCAAGAUCGCUAAUCAGUAG